AGGACAAGUGCAGAGCUGAGGAAAAGCUUGGCUUGUCUACGGAACGGCGAUAAGAACGAGCUCGCCACCUUCUUCCACUGCGAGUCUUCGUUCCUAAAAAAAGGGCGUCUAUAGAGCUCAGAGAUUUGGUUGAGAUCGAGAUCCGAAGGGGCGAGAACGGAGCUGGAGGUGAUCAGCCGAGAAGGUCAACACUUCAAUUGCUUAUAGCGGGAAAAUUUUGAGGAAGAAUUCUGUUACCAAGUACAAUCAAGUUUUACUGAAGAUGAGCAAUUAUAAGCUGGGUGUGGAAGUUUUAAGUGCCCAUGACCUCAUGCCCAAGGAUGGGCAGGGUUCUGCUAGUCCCUCUGUUGAACUUCAUUUUGAUGGCCAGAAGUUCCGUACCACCAUCAAGGAAAAAGAUCUCAACCCUGUCUGGAAUGAGCGGUUCUACUUCAACAUUUCUGAUCCUGCUUCUCUCCCUGAUCUUGCGCUUGAAGCUUUUGUGUACAACAUCAACAAGGCAACACAUUCCAGGUCCUUCCUUGGCAAGGUUCGGAUUGCUGGAACCUCUUUUGUCCCCUUUUCUGAUGCUGUUGUUAUGCACUACCCAUUGGACAAACGUGGAAUUUUUUCACGUGUGAAAGGAGAGAUUGGCCUUAAAGUGUUCCUAACUAAUGACCCCUCAAUAAGACCUUCCAACCCACUUCCAGCUAUUGAUCCUUUCCCAAAUAAUCCUCCUCCAAGGCAAACACAUCCUGUUCAAGUCCUAAAUACAAACCCAAAUCCACCUCCAGAACACAAGUCUGAGUCAAGACAUACCUUUCACACUAUCCCGAAGGAGGUCCACCAGCACCAUGCUACAGCUCCAGUUAGUGAACCAGUAAGGUAUGUGUCUGACCAAAUGAAACCUGAGCCCCCACCCACAAGAAUGGUCAGGAUGUACUCAUCGGCAUCGUCGCAGCAACCAGUGGACUAUGCACUCAAAGAAACAAGCCCUUUCCUUGGUGGGGGACAGAUUGUUGGAGGCAGGGUCAUCCGUGCAGAGAAGCCAGCUAGUACAUAUGACCUUGUGGAGCAAAUGCAGUACCUCUUUGUGCGUGUGGUCAAGGCACGAGAUUUACCAGCCAUGGAUGUUACUGGGAGUCUUGACCCUUAUGUUGAGGUGAGAGUCGGGAACUACAGAGGGAUCACAAAACACUUUGAGAAGAAGCAGAACCCAGAAUGGAACGAAGUGUUUGCUUUCUCUAGAGAUCGGAUGCAGUCAUCGAUCCUUGAAGUUGUGGUUAAAGACAAAGAUCUUGUCAAGGAUGAUUUUGUUGGAUUCAUACGCUUUGAUUUGAAUGAUGUCCCGACACGUGUCCCGCCGGACAGCCCAUUGGCUCCAGAGUGGUAUCGGCUUGAGGACAAGAAGGGUGAUAAGAAAAAGGGCGAAUUGAUGCUUGCAGUUUGGAUUGGCACCCAAGCUGAUGAGGCAUUUCCUGAUGCAUGGCACUCGGAUGCAGCAGCUCCUGUUGAUGCCUCUGUUGUCAACUCUCACAUACGGUCGAAAGUCUACCAUGCACCCAGGCUGUGGUAUGUGUAUGUCAAUAUUAUCGAGGCUCAAGAUAUUAUAAUUGCUGAUAAAACUCGCUACCCAGAUGUGUUUGUGAAGGCACAGAUAGGAAACCAGUUGUCGAGGACAAGGAUAGCUCAAGCUCGGACGUUCAACCCUCUGUGGAAUGAAGAGCUCAUGUUUGUGGCGGCUGAACCAUUUGAGGACCACCUUAUCCUUUCUGUGGAAGACAGAGUGGGGCCAAACAAAGAUGAAGUGAUUGGCCGUGUUGUGAUACCAUUGGGGUCUAUAGAGAAGCGAGCUGAUGAUCGGAUGAUCUAUGGUCGGUGGUUCAGCCUUGAAAAGCCGGUUGCAGUUGAUGUGGACCAGAUAAAGAAGGAGAAGUUUUCUAGCCGGAUUCAUCUCCGUGUUUGUCUGGAUGGAGGCUAUCAUGUGCUUGAUGAGUCUACCCACUACAGUAGUGACCUGAGACCAACAGCAAGGCAGCUGUGGAAACCAUCAAUUGGGUUGCUUGAGCUUGGCAUCCUUAAUGCUGAGGGGCUUCAUCCUAUGAAAACACGAGAUGGAAAGGGCACAUCGGAUACUUACUGUGUAGCCAAAUAUGGUCAGAAGUGGGUACGCAGUCGCACCAUCAUCAACAGCUUGAGCCCGAAAUACAAUGAGCAGUAUACAUGGGAAGUCUUUGAUCCAGCAACAGUUCUUACUGUUGGUGUGUUUGACAACUGCCAGCUUGGUGAGAAGGGUCCUAAUGGUAACAGAGAUGCAAAGAUUGGCAAGGUUCGCAUUCGUCUAUCCACCCUGGAAACCGGACGCGUGUACACUCACUCAUACCCGCUUCUAGUUCUGCACCCUUCAGGUGUCAAGAAGAUGGGCGAACUCCACCUUGCAAUAAGGUUCUCAUCCACAUCAUUGAUCAACAUGAUGUACAUUUACUCGAGGCCUCUGCUACCAAAGAUGCACUAUAUACGGCCACUAACUGUGAGGCAGCUGGAUAUGCUACGCCACCAAGCAGUGCAGAUGGUGGCUGCACGACUGAGCAGAAUGGAGCCACCCCUUAGAAAGGAAGUUGUGGAGUAUAUGUCUGAUGUUGACUCUCACCUGUGGAGCAUGCGCCGAAGCAAAGCAAAUUUCUUCAGGCUCAUGUCAGUCGUCUCAGGCUUGUUUGCAGCGGGCAAAUGGUUUGGAAAUGUGUGCGCAUGGAAGAAUCCCAUCACAACUGUACUGGUGCAUAUUCUGUUCUUAAUACUGGUGUGCUUCCCAGAGCUUAUACUUCCGACAAUAUUUUUGUAUAUGUUCCUGAUAGGGUUGUGGAACUAUCGGUAUCGUCCGCGCUAUCCUCCACACAUGAACACAAAGAUCUCUCAUGCAGAGGCUGUGCACCCAGAUGAGCUUGAUGAGGAGUUUGAUACAUUUCCUACCAGCCGGGGUGCAGACCUCGUACGGAUGAGGUAUGAUAGACUGAGGAGUGUUGCAGGGAGGAUACAAACUGUUGUAGGUGAUGUGGCAACUCAGGGGGAGCGUAUACAGGCACUGCUCAGCUGGAGGGACCCACGGGCCACUGCAAUCUUUGUGUUAUUCUGCCUUGUAGCAGCAUUGGUGCUGUAUGUGACACCAUUCCAGGUACUUGCUGCCUUGGCAGGCUUUUACAUCAUGAGGCAUCCAAGGUUUCGGCACAGGAUGCCAUCAGCGCCGGUAAACUUCUUCCGGCGGUUGCCGGCAAGGACAGAUAGUAUGCUGUAAAUAGGGGAUGGAUGGUUGGAUUGCUGGUGUUGUUUCUGUCAUUUAAGCUUGUUAUCCGUAAUUUGUUUUCCCUUGUUUUGCUCUUAACCUUGUGUUUGUUUGGUAGUUGUAGAAGUUGGUGAUGAUGGCUGAAGACCAGAAAUAAAUUAUUAGAAACUUGUUUCAUCAGCACAGCUUUUGUUUUUCAGUCAGAUCAUUCUGAUUUUUUAACAGUGAUGUUCAAACAAGCUUACUUUUUCCAGUUGCAUCA